AUGGCCACUCAAGCACACCCUUAUCAUUUAGUAGACCCCAGCCCAUGGCCCCUCACAGGCGCCAUUGCAGCCCUUAUAAUUACAUCCGGAACAGCCAUCUGAUUUCAUUUCCACUCCACCUCACUCAUAACUCUCGGCAUAGUCCUGCUAAUUUUAACAGUUUAUCAGUGGUGACGGGAUGUAGUUCGAGAGGCAACCUUUCAAGGACUUCACACCCCUCCCGUUCAAAAAGGCUUACGUUAUGGUAUAAUUCUAUUUAUUGCUUCAGAAGUACUCUUUUUUCUGGGGUUUUUUUGGGCCUUUUAUCACUCAAGUCUAGCCCCUACACCUGAACUGGGGGGCUUCUGACCCCCUGCCGGUAUUACACCUUUAGACCCCUUUGAAGUACCCCUGCUUAAUACAACAGUCCUUCUCGCCUCCGGAGUAACAGUCACAUGAGCCCACCACAGCAUUAUUGAAGGAGAACGGAAACAGGCCAUCCAAGCCCUCACCCUAACAAUUUUACUAGGCGGCUAUUUUACUUUCCUUCAAGCCAUAGAGUACUGCGAAGCCCCUUUUACCAUCGCCGAUGGCGUGUAUGGGGCUACCUUCUUUGUUGCAACAGGCUUCCAUGGACUUCAUGUCCUAAUUGGCUCCACCUUUCUAGGCAUCUGCCACCUGCGCCAAGUCCAAAACCAUUUUACGUCAACCCAUCACUUUGGGUUCGAAGCAGCCGCCUGAUACUGACACUUUGUUGAUGUUGUCUGAUUACUCCUUUACAUCUCCAUCUAUUGAUGAGGCUCCUAA